CAUCACCCAACUCCUAUCCCCUCAUCACCCUCAUCACAUUCCCGCAGGAUACUUAUCAAAAUGGGCUUCGACUUCACCGGCAACGACUACUCUCAGCUAGAGCAACAUGUGUAUGACAAGAGCUACAUUGAAGGUUACGCCCCAUCUCAAGCCGAUGUCGUAGUCUUCCAAGCUAUCGCUUCAUCUCCUGAUGUGAAGAAGUAUCCCCAAGCUGCUCGAUGGUGGGCACACAUCAAAAGCUGGGAGAGUGAACAUGCCUCCCUUCCAGGCGAGAAGAAGGAAUUAUCCUCCUACGGUCCUGCCAAGGGGUCCACCUCGGCUCCUGCUGCCGCCGCCGGAGGUGAUGAUGAUGAUGAGAUUGAUCUCUUUGGGUCUGAUGACGAAGAGGUUGAUGAAGCCGCCGAGAAGCUCAAAGCGACUCGUCUUGCGGAGUAUGCCGCCAAGAAGGCCAACAAGCCCAAGACCAUUGCCAAGUCCUUGGUCACACUUGAUGUUAAGCCUUGGGAUGACGAGACCGACAUGGCUGAGCUCGAGAAAGCUGUCCGAUCUGUCGAGAUGGACGGUUUGGUCUGGGGUUUGAGCAAGCUCGUCCCUGUUGGGUAUGGAGUACGCAAAAUGCAAAUUAGUCUGGUCGUUGAAGACGAAAAGGUAUCUUUGGAUGACCUCCAGGAAAAGAUUGCCGAGUUCGAGGACUACAUCCAAUCCUCCGAUGUCCAGGCUAUGCAGAAACUUUAAAGGUCUCCAGCUCUUGUAGGCAGUAGCCCAAAUGUUUUUGUGUUGUUUUAGUUUUGUAUUUCAGAAAUUCAAUGCCUUGAAACUAAGAGCCAUGGGGAUAACUAUCGCAAUAUGAUUUCUCAAACUUGAUCGUGACUGUAAUAAAUGUGUAUUGGUCAGACGAUGAUGUCUUAUUUCAUCACUCAAAACUUUGGCUUCAUAUUUUGAGCAUAGAUUAGAAUGGCAAGUUAGUACGACUCACAAAUAACCAAAAAAACAAGUUUGAC